GUAGGCAACGCACGCGGACGCGGUCCAGCGGGCGAGAAGAUCCCCGACUUGCGCCCAAAGAAGAUACAGGAUCAAGGAUUUUUAACCGCAGUUUUCUAUUCCACGACCUUAUCCACACCAGCAGAUUCGAAAUUCACGGACAGGCCCAUGGACCCGGCGAAAGCCAGCGGUGGUUCAGCCCCUGACGUGCGGGUCCCACUCUCCAGCCGCACCGCCUAGAGAGGCAGAGGCAUCCCUUCGCGUGGAAGCAAACGAGGCGUGAUAAAGUGGGGCUCCUCGGUCCCGGCGUUGGCCGCAUCGACACUCGCCGCGCACCACCACCACCGCUGCGGCUCACGGCUACGCAGCCCGCUCUCCCGACCCCCCCGUGCCCUCCUCUUUUUGCUACUAGCACAUAGAGUUUCGCCCGAAUCGAUCGCCGACUGACUCCGCUAGGGUUCGGCCCGAUCGCCGCUUCGUCCUCCCGGCUCCCGCGGGGACCCCGCCGAGAUGUCUGACUGGAGCUCGCCGGCUGCGCCGACGUUCUUCCCUUUUGGCCCGCAGGCCGAGGGGUGGGACGUCACCUUCAAGGUCAAAUAUGGUGAUACACUUAAAAGGUUUUAUGGUUGUGCCAAUGGGAGUCAUUUUGACAUGAAUUUAUCUGCUCUACGGGCGAGGAUUGAUACUGCCUUUAAGUUUGGUCCUGACGUUGACUUUGUUCUGACUUACACCGAUGAGGAUGGUGAUAUUGUCAUGCUAGAUGAUGAUGAUGACUUGCGUGAUGCAGCUCUCCGUCAGAGAUUAAACCCUCUCAGGAUUACUGUUCAACUGAAGAAAAAUCAACCAACUGAAAAAAAAGAUACUUCUGCACCAGUGAAAUCCGCUGCUCAGGAUCCACUAUCCCAGUUAAUGUCAGCUAUUGAAGGUUUGAAGCCUGUUCAGGAAGAUAGUCUGGCCCAUAUAAAAUCAGCUAUUGGUGAAGCAAUCAAGUCUAUCCCAGAGCCAAUACCUGAUGCCCUUGCAAAACUUUCUCAUGAAAUACUUGAUGCAGCACCACCACCAUUAGCUGAGCUGAUGAAACCUUUUGCACAAUUGAUGGCACCAAACAAUAAUGGCAAUGGGCCAUCUGAUGUGCAUGCUGAGGGGUCAUCUAGCUCUUCCAGUGCACAGGUGCCAGCUGAAGCUAAAAAUGAGCCCAAAGUUAGGCCAAGUUUGGGUCUUAAGACCGUGUUGAAAGAGGCUGCUGGACCUGUUCCUAAUGCUGGAGCUUCUCAGGUUCAACAGCCAUUAAUGUAUCCAUCUGUUGAGGAGAUGCUGUUCCCCUGUAAUUCAGUCGACAAAUCUGUUUGCAAAGGGAAGAUUGAUGCUCAAAGUAAGGGAAAAUCUGUUACGUCCUCAGGCAUCCAACCUGCUCCUCAUUCUCUUCGUACUCAUGCCCCACCUCCACCACAUCCGUGCAUUUCAGAAUGGUCCCGAGCACAAAGAAGCCAACACCGUCAAUUGAAAUUUGAAGACAAUGCAAAAGCCACUAAUGAUUCUAGAUGGCGCAUUCCGAUGUAUAAAAUGCCCUAUGCACCACCACCUCCAGCAGUGCCACCCCCAGGCUAUGUACCUUCUCCACAUUUUCCUUAUCCAGGCCGCCUCUUAUCUUCUGGGCAUCCAUACGGAGAUCUCGCUGGUAACAUGGAAAACUCAGCACCACAUAGUCUGCAUAGAUGGAUUCAGUGUGAUGGCUGUGGAGCGCAACCAAUUGUUGGUCCACGUUAUAAAUCUAAUGUGAAGGAAGACUAUGAUUUAUGUGAUUCCUGUUUCCAGCGCAUGGGAAAUGAAAUGGAGUACACCAAAAUAGACAAGCCUAUUUUACCCCACAGGUUUCUAAGAGAUCCCCAUGUGUACCGGAAGGUGCACCAUCCACGGGUUCUAAUGAAGUCAAGACGGGAGAAACUUGAAAGUCGCUUCAUUUUGGAUGUGACUGUUCUUGAUGGAACACUGAUGACACCUUCUACCCCGUUCACUAAGAUUUGGCGCAUGCAUAACAAUGGGUCUGUUGUGUGGCCACGGGGCACACAGCUUGUCUGGGUUGGUGGAGAUCAGUUUGCAUUGCAGACAUCUGUUCCAUUAGAGAUUCCUGUGGAUGGUUUUCCUGUGGACAAAGAGAUUGAUGUUCCUGUUGAUUUUGUGGCACCUACAAGGCCAGGGAGGUACAUAUCUUACUGGAGGUUGGCUUCCCCUUCUGGUCAGAAAUUUGGUCAGCGAGUUUGGGUUCAUAUCCAGGUGGAAGACCCUUCUUUUGUUAAUGACAAUAACAGGAAUGCUGCUAUUAACCUGAAUCUGCCUCCAGAGAGCUAUAGUUCAAACACAACCAACUUAAUUGAUGUGAACAUUGAGCCUGCUGACUCAGCCCUUAGUGCACAUGCUAAGCGCACAAAGGAGUUCCAUUUCUGUUCAACUGAUUUUCCUGAACCCAGUAAGUCUGUGCCUUUUACGUUGGCCACUACCUCUUUGUCUGCAGCAGCUCCUACAAACCAAACUGGUGAUGUUCCCAUGUCCAGUACACCUGCUGCUGCUUGUUUGCCCUCUGUUAAUGUGCCUAUGCAUGAAGUCGUUACUACUCAUACACCGUCACCUAUUACGCCUGUCUUGCCUACAACUAUACACUUUUCAGCCCCAGUAUCUGCUCCUGCAAUUGCCCCUGAGCUUGCAUCAGGGGCUGUUGGUGUGCCUCCACCUGUUAGUGCUGUGGUACCUGAGCUGUCAGAACUGGAUGUUCACAAUGAGGAGAAGUUGCUGAGGGAGCUGGAGGAAAUGGGUUUUAGGCAGGUCGAUCUCAACAAGGAAAUCCUCAGGCAGAACAAUUACAAUCUGGAGCAGUCUGUCGAUGACCUAUGUGGCGUCAAUGAAUGGGAUCCUCUCCUUGCAGAGCUGGAAGAGAUGGGAUUUGAUGACACAGAGAUGAACAAGGAGCUGCUUGCGAAGAAUGAGGGAAGCAUCAAGCGAGCUGUGAUGGAGCUCAUUGCCAGGGAGAAGAAGGACAAGUGAAGAUCGUGUGCUAUCUAAGUAUAUAUUCGUAAAUAAUGAGACGGCUGUGCCACUGCGGUGCAGCCCUGGUGCGUCUCAGAGCUUGCUUAUGGUGAACUCUUCGUGUUAGGUUUCUUCCUUAUAUCUGUCGUGUCUGCGGUGUCGAUGAACUAUCUAGUAUGUGGAGCGUGUGCGUCUCAGCAGUUACCCUGCCAUGCCACGUGGACUGGCUGUCGUGCCUACUGUCUGUUACCAUGUAUAUAUAUAAAAAAUGAUGCGUGGACCAAUGUUUGAUGCUGGCGCUCUUGCCCUCGUGAUAAUGUAUUAGCGGUUGGCUUGUUGCU